AUGGCAUUAAUAGCCGACGGACUUAUCGGUGGGGACUGUUCAUUAGAGACUAAGAUGAGGCAACUGCUGCUGCUUGGGCUGCUGGCACUCUGUCGAGCCCAGGGCGAGACUGGGGACCUGGACGCGGUGAUAAAGCAGAUCUUCGGCGAUCCCACCGCCUCGACGGCGGCGCCCGUCGCGCCACCCUCGACCCUGGUACCAGGAGUACCGAAGAAGGAGGAUGCGGCGGACACCAGCUGUAAGAUGGACGACGGCCGAGUGGGCGAGUGCGUCAGAUAUUAUCUAUGCAACUCCAACAACUCGGUCAUCACCGAUGGAAUAGGCAUCAUUGAUAUACGCGUCCGCGACGGCCCCUGCGCUUCGUAUAUGGACACCUGCUGCCUGCCGCCUGACACUCGGGAGGUCAACAACCCGAUCACACCGCCUCCCGUCACACAACCCCAGAGGGUGGGUUGCGGUUGGCGGAAUCCCGACGGUGUGGGUUUCCGAAUCACCGGCGACAAAGACGGCGAGUCGAAGUUCGGCGAGUUCCCAUGGACUGUCGCCAUCCUGAAAGAGGGCUCCGUGGACCCCAGGAUCGAGCCGGUCAACGACAACGAGCCCGACGGCCAGCGGCUCAACGUGUACGUGGGCGGCGGCUCGCUCAUCCACCCCAGCGUGGUGCUCACCGCGGCGCACUACGUGGCCGGGGGCGGGGCGCUGAGGGCGCGCGCCGGCGAGUGGGACACCCAGACCACCAAGGAGAUCUACCCGUACCAGGACCGCGACGUGGCCAGGGUGGCCGUGCACAAGGACUUCAACAAAGGUAACCUGUUCUAUGACAUCGCGCUGCUCUUCCUGGCGACGCCAAUGGACCUGGCGCCCAACGUGGGCGUGGCUUGCCUGCCCCCUGCCAAGGAGCGGGCUUCAGCCGGCACCAGGUGCUACGCCACCGGCUGGGGCAAGGACCGCUUCGGGAAGGAAGGACGCUACCAGGUCAUCCUGAAGAAGGUCGAGCUACCGGUGGUUGACCGGAACACGUGCCGGUCGAAGCUGCGGGAGACCAGGCUGGGCCCCUUCUUCGAGCUGCACAGCUCCUUCAUGUGCGCCGGCGGAGAGCCCGGGAAGGACACGUGCAAGGGGGACGGGGGAUCCCCGCUCUCCUGCCCAAUUCAGUACGAAACCGAGCGUUACAUGCAGAGCGGCAUCGUCGCGUGGGGCAUCGGCUGCGGCGAGGACGGCACACCCGGCGUGUACGUGGACGUUGCCAACCUGCGCGAUUGGAUCGACGACAAGGUGGCCGGCGCUGGCUACGAGCCCAGGACCUACACGAUA